UGUAUGUACGGUGCAUGCAGUCAAUAAAUGCAUUUUUUGUUUUUUUCCUUUGACAUCUGUUCUAUAUACGUAGACAUAUGCAAUAAUUUCAACAAUUACUAAUACAUCUCUUUCUCUCUAUCUCUAUCUAGUUAAUUACCUCUCCCUCUCUUAAUUACUCAUUUUUAAUUUUCCUCCGGUAUCAAAAAUCUUAAUAUUGUUAUCUUGCCCUGAAAAAGGAGAAGAAAGAAAAAAACAUGGCUCCCUCGUUUCUAAGCGUCGCAAAAUUCGUUGAGGCACUACUCCGCCGGAGAUUCUCCUCCGCCGGCCUCUCUCUACAAACCAUAUCUAUCGACUCCGAAACCACCAUACAGUUCUGGGGACCACCACCACCGUCUUCAUCGUCGGAGAACACACAAAAACCGUCGCUCCUCCUCCUCCACGGUUUUGGCCCUUCCGCUGUAUGGCAGUGGAGCCAUCAGGUGAAGCCACUCUCUCAAUCCUUUCGUCUCUACGUCCCCGACCUUGUCUUCUUCGGCGGCUCCUCUUCCUCCGGCGAGAACCGCUCAGAGAUGUUUCAGGCGUUGUGCAUGGGGAAGCUCAUGGAGAAGCUAGGCGUCGAGAGAUUCAGCGUCGUUGGUACGAGCUACGGCGGGUUCGUGGCGUAUAACAUGGCCAAAAUGUUUCCGGAGAGAAUUGAGAGAGUGGUGCUUGCGAGCUCCGGGGUAAAUUUGCGGAGGAGUGACAACGAGGCGUUCAUAGCGAGGGCCAAGUGUCACGGCAUCAAGGAUGUGAUGCUUCCUUCAUCCGCGACCGAUCUCAGGAGAAUGUCUGGGAUGGUUUCUUCUAAGAAACUCAAUUAUGUUCCAGAUUUUGUCUUGAACGACUUUUGUCAGACAAUGUAUUCGGAGAAGAGAGAGAAGAAAGCAGAGCUUCUGGACGGACUGAGUAUUGGCAAGGACGACAAAACUAACGUUUCUCCGAUCCAACAGGAUGUAAUGCUGAUAUGGGGGGAGCGAGAUCAAGUUUUUCCUUUAAAAAUGGCCCAUGACCUCCUAGAGACGUUGGGGAAGAAGGCGAGGCUAAAAGUGAUACAAAAGACAUCACAUAUACCCCAAACUGAAAAGUCCAAAGAAUUUAAUGGUAUUGUCAUGUCUUUCUUAUUACCUCCCUCUCCCUCUCCAUCAUUAUAAAUGUAUAACAUCCAUAUAUAAUGAUCAACUAUUUUUUUUUCAGAUUUUAAUUAUGUUUUUGUCAAUAUUUAUAAGUUGUUUGUGUACAGUUUCAAAUUAAAUACAUUUGAGAAAAUUUGUAGCAUGAUUA